AUGUCAAACGAGCAAGCGAACGUUACCAAAACCAACGACUCACCUCUCAAUCGCCGACUUCCAUGUCCGGGCGAUCUAGCUGCAAUUCCAGAGGUGGCCGAACCAGUAACGGAGGGGUUCAGACUUUGGCAAACUGAGGAGAGAAAUGAAGAAUCUGAAACGAGCUACAAGGCCGGCUCGGCCACUUUCAUUGAGAUACCUGUGAACGGAAAGCCGGUCAUGGCGCUUUUGCUCUCUCAUCAACUUGGUCAGUGGAUGUUAGAGUGUGUAAAGCUUCAACGUGACCAUGGGGAACUCGAGGGCCGUUCCAAGGGCGACAUUGCAAGUAUCGACAAGAAGAUCUAUGACCUUCAACAUAUUUCUCGCUCUCUGAAAUCGGCAAUAACCAUGGCCGAGCGUCUCAGUCUCAUGUCUGGUCAAGACCAACGUGAUCAAUAUCACACGAAGAUGUCGAGGUUACAAGAUGAAUCACAAGAGAUAGAAGGACGCAUACUGCAACUCCAGAAACAAAAAGCAGUCAUAAGGUCUAAAGAGCAAGAAUUGAAAGAGCAGUGGAUUAACUACAUGGAGGCUAUCUCUAUUAGCCAUGACAAUGCUUUCAUCAAGGCUGGCAUAUUACCCGAUUAUAAGGAGGUGGGACGCAAAGGUUCUUUGGCCAGUGAGGACAAAUCGUAUGUAGAAACCGCCGCAUCUGAAGACACGGAGGUUAAAUCACAUCACACGUCAGCGAAAGAACCAUCGGAAUCAAGCGCUCGGGAAAAUUGGGCCAUGGUCCUGUUCAAGGGCAACUCUACAAAUAAAGACAACUCGAGCAGCAACGAAGUUGUUCCCUUUCACGAAACUCAGGGAAAUGAGCACGCCCAGCUUUUAGAAGAAGCUAAACUUAAGGACAAACUACUCUUGGCAAGAGUAGCAUUACAAAAGGCCGAGAAAGCUCACACAAAUCAUCGACGCUGCUAUAAGGAUGAAUUCAGCAAAUUCGCUAGAAGGCAUGCCACUCUACCAGCGGCAGAGCUGGCCUCUAUGUUUGGUCCACUCUGGGUACAACAAGGUCAAAAGCUAACAUGCGAAUUACGCGACGCUGAAAAAGCGUUCGAGGAGGCAGAAAAGCAUGUACUAAAUGCGAGUCUUUUCACGACUUCUGAAUCUCUUGUCGACCCAGCCGCGAAUCUGUAUCUAUCUGACGGUGAUCUCGAGGCGCUUAAUGCCAACCAUGACAAUAACCAUAUUAUCAAGUGGCUCUCCAUAAAAGAUGGUAUGGUCACUCCACCAUCUUGCCACACUAUAACGACAUUUGACGAUGAAAGCCCUAUCAACGACGGGGUCGAUGCAAAGUGUGCGAUCAGCCGAAAAGACAGGAUCGAAAGCGCAAUAGAUCAGCGAUUGUUAGCGUCUUCGCAUGAGACAAAGUUUGACAUGAGCGCCAAUACUUUGCACUCUGAAUCGCAAGGCGAGGAAAUAGCGAAUGAUAUACUCGGACGUAAUUCCGUCGCAAAAGAUGCCCCCGGGGAAAAAGCCGACUGCAACAAGCGUAAAGUGAACGACCAAUGCAACACAUCUUCCAAUGGAGAGUCCGACACAAACAAUAUGGCUUCCUCAUGGUCCGGAAAACGCAAAUUCUGGGAUAAGUCUGCAGAACGGAAAGCCGAGCGAUACCGAGAAGCUCGACAGAAGCUGCUGAAUGCAAUGCUGGAAAAACUACCCCGCGAGCUCCGAGACAUGAUCUACCUGGAGCUGUACCAAGAUAGUCAGGACGAACCAUUCGAGAUCGUGGACAAUAGUACCAUACAUCCACACGAUAACUCGCAUGAAUUCGAGCCUAUCGUCAAAGCCUAUGAGACUCCGUACUGGAUGAUAGAGGACGAGGUUGGAUAUGAGUUUGCAAGAGAAGCGGUAGAGACCUGGUACAAGCACGUAUCUCUUUCGGUCGACGUAAAACUUCUGCCACAGCUCUUGCAAGACGAAGAUGGAGUGUUGUAUAACAAUGGAGCACCGUCCGUUCCCACACAUAAGUUCCUCAGGAAGCUGCAAGUCGUCAUUGGGCCCGCGUCAACAUCGGACUCCUAUUCCGGCAGACCAGGAGGUCGAGCAGUCCACAUCCAACAAACAUGUCAAUCGCUCUCUGCUUUGUCGACGGAGGCGAGCGUCGCGCGAAAGAAGGAUUUUGAGCUGCACAUCGCCUUCCGAUGGGUUUCGGUCUAUGAACGUCUAAGCUACAUCGAUGCGGUAUGCCCAGUGGUCUAUGGCUUGAAGGCUCAGGGCUUCAUGGUGACGAGUAGCCAAUCUAUCGGAAGACGGAUGGUUCGGAUAUGUGAUGAAGAGAUCUGUAUGUGCAACGGCCGGAGGAUUGGAGAGAUGGUAUGGGCACGUACCAUGGAAGAGGAUUGGUUCAACCGCUCUCAAGAGGAGUGCAUGAAGAGGAUCCGGGACGCGAAAGUGGAGCCCGACGAUAGCUGGUGA